UAUCCGUCGUGACCGUCGACUCGUGAGAGAGAGAGAGGAAAAGAGGAGGAAAGAGAGAGAGAGAGAGAGAGAGAAGGAAGGAGAGAAAGAAAAAGGCAAAUAAAAAGAGUUCGUCAUUUUUCUAGGAAAUUGUUGUAAAAUGACGACUGGCAGGACGAAUCUGUUCACACGAUUCAUCGAUCCAACUUGAAAUCGACAAUUAAUCGAAAAGCGCGAAAGAAAAAUAUAAAGAAAUAUUUAUCAAAGAUUAUAAUAGUUAAUAUAAAGUAAGGUGCCAAUUUUUCAUUGAAACGCGUCAUCAAAUGAUGUGAUGAAUGUGCCAUAAUCUAUGAUAACGUGCGUGUGAAUUACGAACGCGGGAAAGUUAGGACUGUUUUUAUCGCAGUGUGAAAAUCCCAAUUAAUGCAAUUACCUGUGAAAUUGCUAUCAGAGAGACGUAUCGCGUCGGAAUUAAUGAAGAAACACUUUUUAUUCUCGCUCUCUGAAUCGCGGAAGAUAACGAUCGUGUGAUAAUUAUGUACAAUGAAACUGUCGAUCAUUUACGAUGAUAUCAAGAGCCGAAUCAAGAGAUUGCUUUAAUAAAUCAAAUCGAUGUAAUAUCCUCGAGAAAUUGACCAAGGCAUUUUAUCUUUGAAUAUUUUUCACGAUAUUCGCCAAUUCUCGAUCAUCUCCAGUAAUGCAUUUGCAUCAAAAUUAGACUUUUACAAAAUUCUGUCGCGCAAAAAUAACUGUGUAGAAAUGGAGCUAUUGCAAGAGAGAAAGAGAGAGAGAAAGAUCUCGAUUAAUAUGCAGCUCGUGCGUGAAAAAACAUUUCACGCGUGAUCUGAUCCCAAGAGCAUCCGCGAAUCGAAAACAGAUCACUUUGACAGAUCGAUUUGCCGCGAAAGUACUCGUCGUCGUAGAGCAGUGAUUAGCAAAAAAAAAACAAAUGCUGAAAUGUGGUGCUAGUUGCAAGCGGAAAUUAAGUCGAUUGCAGAGAUGCCGAGAGACCAUUAAGCACUCCGGGACUAUAAAAGGAUACGAUCUCUCAAGGACCAUAGAUUGGACCAGAGAGAUGUAAGAUUGUGUGGGAAUCUCUGCUAUUCGUCAGCAGGAUCUAUCGAGCAUCGUGACUUAAGAAGAGACUCAACAUUGCGAGGAUGUUGGAGAAAUAUUUUCGCAGGAUUCAUUAAAGAUCAGAAAUUCUGGAAGAAUGUAACAAAGUUGUAUGUCUUCAGCAAUCUUCUAAAAUUUUUACGUUAUUAACGAUAUUAAAGGAUUGUAUAAAUAUAAGAGAAUAAUCAAGUUGUAAUAAUGAAAUAUUACAUUGAGAAAUAUCGAAGCAUAGAUGUAUUAUAUAUUGCCAGGAGAUGGAGAACUAUAUUAUACGGGGAUGUGAAGUUAAUCUCGAGAAGCAUAUAAUUUCAAGCACACGCUAAAACUCGAAAGCAUGUCACGUUAUUUCGAGCGACUGCUACGAGUCACUGUUACGAGCGGACGAUGAUCACUCGUCGUUGGAAAUGUCAGGAUUGAAUUUAAACAAAUUCGAAGGAAGAUAUCGUCGCGGACGGAUGUAACAAGCGACAACAGCGUUGCAAGCGGAAGGAUGAGCGGCUGAAGAUGAGUGCGUCAGGUUAUUGGUGCGCGCUCAUCCUGCUCACGUUCACGCAAGAUUCCCUCGGCAACCACUACGAGAAGCUUCUCCAGGUCGAGAAGCCGAAGGGUUAUCUGCGACAUCAGCAAAACCGCGGGUCGUCCUUCGUCGACCGCAGGCUCGUCGACGCGACGGAAUUCCGUGCCGCCGAGAUCCUCUCGACCCUCAACAGUCCCGCGGCGAUUCGCUCGAUCGGGGAAAUCGCUCGCACCGAGGCGGAAGUGGAGGUGGAGAGGGUGAAUCGUCGAUCGGAAAAUCGUCCGGCGGUCACGUGGGAUCGCGCCUUGAACGUCUUCCGGCCGACGGAGAUCCAUUCCGUCGCGCUGACUCGUCCCGAUUCCGCGGGAAAUCUCGUUGCCGGGAUGGGGAAUCCCCGUCCGAUGAAGACUCAUCCCUCGCCGAGACAUCGUUCCGCGGAAAUCAUCCCCGGGAGGAUCUGCAUUCCAUCUCAGGUCGAAUCUGAGGAGAAGCGUCCCGUGCGGAUUCGCUCGGCGGAAAUGCGCUCGCAAACGGAAGAGCGUCGUUCCGCGAAGGAAAUUUCGCCGACCGAGAUCUUUCGGAUGGAGAUCGAACAGGAAGCGUCGAGCGUCGAGAGAUCGCAGAUCCGCCACGGGAGAUCGAGGAGUCAUUUUGCGCGGCAGAAGAUCGCGGAGGAUCCUUCGAAGGAGGGCGCGAAGGAUUCGGUGAUGAGGAUCGACACCAGCGUUCGUGUGGAUCGCGAGAAUCACUACAAGACACAAGGUCAAGUGGAAAGAGUGAGUGAUCAUCCGGAAACGUCCGUCUCGCUCAAGCAUAAUCAUUCCUGGCUUCUCGAGCGAAAUUUCGCGAAGAAUAACUCGGUCAACAGCCAAUCUCUCGAUCGAGUCGAGGAUAAUGUUCCGGAGGGACUGGAAAGUUUGCUCAAGCUGUAUCAGACAAGAAAAGGAAGCGCGCUCGAAGAAAGUUCCGCCGUUCCUCUCACGCGUAAUCUUUCCCGGCUGAUGGAGCAAAAUUUCUCCAAGGAUAACUCGAGGAAUGUCGGAUUCUCGGAUCAGAACGAGGACGAAAUACGAAGAAAUUCCAACGGUGGUACGAUUAGAGCGCGUCAUUCGGAGAAUCACGGCGUUCUGCGCUCGAGUCCCGAUCCCCUGAAGAGUCUCUUCAAGGACGAUCCCCUGAGUAAAUUGAGGAAAAUAUUCCUGAACAAGACCGUCGCGUCGACAGUCGCGAUUGAUCGCAACACAACCGAAACGCUCGGCGUCGAUGCUGAAGCGAACACCAGCGAAACCGUCCACGAUCUCGAGGAGGAGGAGGAGGAGAUCCUGCAGGAUGUCGUGGUGGAUUACUCGAACUUGGAGGAAUCGACGAAUGCCUCCUUCCUCGAUCGGUCAGCUCGCAGAAGAUGGCAGGCCACCCAGGUUGAUAUCGUGACGCGUUUCCUGCGGAUAAUCGAGAAUCAGCACACCCUGGGCGAGAACUGCACCGCCGGCACGGACCUGAAUCUGGGCGAAGGUGUCGUGGAUCAGUACGCACAAGAGAGAUUCCGCCUCGAGGCGGAACUCGCCGUCAAUCGCGCCAAUAUGCUCACCCGACUCUGGAAGUACGCGCCGGAAGUGAUGCUGUCGUCCGAGUAUCUGUUGCACGCCAGCGUCUUGUCCAUGGUGGAGUUUGACGAGGAUAUCUUCGCUGCCGGCAAUUGCUACGACAAGCUGCAGUACCGAAAUCGCUGGCUUUACUGCCCGUUUGCUCAUAGGUUGCCCAAUCAGGACGGCAUCCUGGUGAAGGAUCUCGCGAUCGAGUACAAGUACUUGAGCAAUAGCAGCGAGUGGUUCUACAUCGCCAGGAAGAACGCCGAGAGGGUAAUCGCCAGUUAUGAGCAAUUCAGUCGUGGAUUCCACACCUAUACAUUGAACGAAAGCGUGCACACGGAAAGGGAGGAGGACGAAAUCCUGACAGUGAAAUACGAGGAUGGCAGGUGGUCGAAACCGUAUUACGACUGCGGAGGUGGUAAUAUCUGGAUGCUGACCUAUACGGUACCCUUCUUCGGAUACGUCAACGACACCUAUUUCUUCAAGGGCACCAGCGGUAUCGACAUAGACCUUCGUCGAGUAGACAUAGAUCAGUGCCCGUUGCCGGCCGGAUCCGCGCAGCUGAACAUAUUCGCCGCCAGCGACAAGUGCAAAAAGCGCACCACCGAGUGCAUCGCCAUUCCCGGCCUUGGUUUUCGCCGCGGUAGUUAUCGAUGCGUUUGCAAACGAGGCUUCUACUAUCCGGACACGAAAUCGGACAAGAGGUACUACAAUGGCACUGUCAUAGAGGAAGAGUACGAGAAAUUGAUGAUGCGCGAGAAGAACCAAUAUUCCGAGGACGGAGUGUUCGAAUGCCUGCCGUGCGCCGAAGGAUGCGAAUCCUGCGAGGACGGCUCGCCUUGCGUCGUAUCCCUCAACUGGUUGAUGCGAACGGCGAUACUUAUCCUAGAGUGCUGCAUCAUCGCUUGCCUGCCAGUCGUCGUUCUUUUCACAUGGAAAUAUGGGCACGUGAAGGUGGUGCGGGCGGCCAGCCCGGUUUUGUUGCGCGUGAUCGUCCUGGGCGCCUUCUUCAUAUACUGCACGACCAUAGUUAUGUAUCCCAGGCCAAACAUCAUCACGUGCACCGUUCGCGUAUGGCUACGAGAAAUUGGCUUUUCUCUCACAUACGGGGCACUCAUGCUCAAAACGUGGCGGAUAUCCGUGAUCUUCCGAGUGAAGUCGGCGAAGGCCGUGAAAAUAACGGACGCGAGCCUGCUGAAGCGUCUCGGCAUCAUCGUCCUGACGUUCAGCGUGUUCCUGAGCAUAAGGACACUGGUCGCGCCGCCCGUCGUCAUCGUCGGCCGAACCGCCGACGAUCUCAAGGCUUAUCUCUGCCGAACUGACUGGUGGGACCACAGUUUCACUACUCUCGAGGUGAUGUUCCUCGUAUGGGGCAUCCGCCUGUGCAUCGUAGUAAGAAAAACUCCCUCGGAGUUUAACGAGAGUCGAUUCAUUUCAAUGGCCAUUUACAACGAAUUUCUACUGUCAGUCUUCCUCAACGUUUCAAUGUUGUUCCUGCAAUCACCGGCCAAUCCCGAUUUAUUGUACAUCAUAUUUUUCUGCCACACCCAGCUUACCGUCACAUUGCUGCUGUGUCUGAUAUUCGGCAGUAAAGCUUACGUGGUGUUCCGCGGCGGGGGGAAGGAGGAGACGAUCGGCAAACUUUGCGGCGCGACCGGCAAAUUCUUGGGGAAAAGCAGUCGUCCGCAGGGCACCAGCAACCAGACCAACUCGAUAUCGCUUCAGCAGGGUAAUUUUGCCGAGGAGAGCGACUCCGCCACGGAGGAAUUUCGCCGUUUGCUCAACCAGUUAGAAGUCCUGAAGGAGAAGAACAUUUUAUUAGGAAAUCAGGAGCUGGUCAGCAAGCUAGCGGCCAUGCUGGAUGCUUCGAAUCGCAUCGAAGCUCAAGUAUCCACCAUUCAAGCCAUUACGACUAAUAUCAUUCAGUCAAACGAUCUCGAUAAAUCGACGAAGGAAACUAAUCUUGGGCAAGCUUGUCAAGAGCAGGGUCGGUCAGGAAACGAUUUUCAGAAAGAGAAUCGAUGUCGCGCGUGUAUUGAAAAAAAUGGACUCGGCAGAAAGGAUACGCAGGAUCCAUCGAAGGAUAAUGAGAUGUCAGAAUCGAAGAAAAUUGAUAAAGACAUCGCCGUGUCGACAUCUUCGGAGCAUGUUGUCGAGGAGGUCGACAGGGAAGCGUGUCACGGGAGGGAAACUAAAGAGGCUGACUUAAGGGACAAAUCUAGGAGCAGAUCCGGCCACGCCAGAACACAUGCCAUAGUUAUCAACCUCGACGACAAGAGCAGGUUUUCCGAGGAAGUUACUGUGUAACUCUAUGGUUAAGUGAAAAAUAAACAGCUAGAACAAACGCAA